AUUAGGUCUAGCCUGUGCGCUCUGUGCCUCUCUCUGUCGGCUGGAUAGAGCAAGUGAGAGGUAGGGUUUUAACCACUCAGUUCCUUCCUGAUCCUCAAAACUGCCUGCUCCAUUUCAUUGAAAAUUUAACUUUCUUUGACUUUCUAUCUUUAUUUCGUUUCAUGUCAUAACCGCAAUUGAGUCGACCCUUUCUCGACUCAUUCAAACUGCCUGCCUACCUGGGUAAACUUCGCAAAGUAGCCCCACCACACCCGAACACCGAGGCAGGGGUCUAAUCCCGCAUUCGAGUCGCCACCCGAACUACCCGUCGCACUCCGACUUGAAGACAACGAUAAAAUACAUAACCCCUAAGUACUUGAAAGCCGUGAGCCAAUAUUACCAGACUCGCCGCGAACCCAUUCCAUUUCACGCCACCCAUUCCACACGACAUUAUUUUUUUUUUCUUUCAAUAGGCUUGCCGACGUCGCCUUGUCGUCACGCAACACGUUUAAAAAAAAAAAAAAAAUGUCGUUCUCUAGCCUUGUACAAGACCUCUCCCUCCGCGACGCCAACGGUGCACGCCGACGAGGCCUGCCGCGUGGAGACUCUUCCGCCUCCACCAUUGACGAUGGUGCUUCGCGGACCUCGCACAUCUCGCGUGCCAUGUCCUAUGCCAGCACGGCGGCCACGAGCGUCAGCAUCUCUGGAGACAUCUCUAGCCAACUGCACGGCGGCUACAGCCACCCACUCGCCAGGUCAUGGCAGGCCGAGAGGCAACUCACCAAGUCCAUGCUUAUCUACCCAUUGUUCAUCUCCGAUAGCGACGACGAGGAAGUCCUCAUCCCCUCUCUCCCGGACCAAUACCGCCGCGGCAUCAACAAGGUAAUCCCAUUCCUUGAAUCUCUGGUGCACAAGGGUCUCCGUUCCGUCAUUCUCUUUGGCGUGCCCAUGCGUCCGGGAACCAAAGACGCUCUUGGCACAUCAGCCGACGACCCUCAGGGCCCUGUCAUGCGCAGCAUCCGCGCCAUUCGCCAGCGCUUUCCCCAGCUCUUCGUUGUUGCCGACGUUUGCUUGUGCGAGUACACAUCUCAUGGACACUGUGGCAUUCUGCGGGAUGACGGUAGCCUCAACAACCAGCUAUCGGUAGACCGCAUUUCGGACGUCGCCAUCGCUUACGCCCGUGCCGGUGCUCAUUGCGUUGCCCCUUCUGACAUGAACGAUGGCCGUAUCCGUGCCAUUAAGCUCAAGUUGAUCGAGGAAGGGAUCGCUCACAACACACUUCUCAUGUCUUACGCCGCCAAGUUCUCGGGUUGUUUGUACGGGCCCUUCCGCGAUGCUGCCGGCUCCGCCCCGAGCUUCGGCGACCGCAAGUGCUACCAGCUGCCCCACGGCGGUCGUGGGCUUGCCCGCAGGGCCAUCAUCAGAGACAUCAACGAGGGUGCCGAUGUUAUCAUGGUCAAGCCCGCCAGCCAGUACCUGGACAUCAUUAGUGAUGCCAAGGAUCUUGGUAAAGACCUUCCCAUAGCAGCCUACCAGGUGAGCGGCGAGUAUGCCAUGAUUCACGCCGCCGCAAAGGCUGGCGUGUUCGACCUGAAAACUAUGGCUUUUGAGUCAACCGAGGGUAUCCUGAGGGCCGGCGCGACUAUCGUGGUCAGCUACUUUACUCCUGACUUCCUCGACUGGCUUGACAACUAAGCGCCUCGACGUGACGCGCAUAUGGUUUUUAUGCAUUUUCAUUCUCUCCUCACAUUUGAUGAUUUGCUUUGUAUGCUUUUGAUGAGGUUUCCAUGACUGGGCGGAUUAUAAUGGCAUUGGGCGUUUUGGCUGGGGUGGACAUGGCGUUCUUUUUAUCGUUAAUAUAUACUCGCGUUAGACAAAAGGCAUAUCUGUACUAGGAACAUCGCUAUGUCCUGCAAAGGAGUGAUUUUCAAGUAUCGACUACUC